AUGGCACUUAUUUGCUUGAAAGUAGUAGUUAGGUGCUAUUUUUCUCGGUCUCCCUCUCUUUUCCCCGUCCACUUCGCUCCCGUACAACAGUCUAUACCUGUGGGACUCGCCCACUUUCUCCUGCGGCGAAGGGAUCUGCCUAGUGUUCUCUGA